UCGAGACUGUGCAGGUCGACGGGAGCAGGCGUUACACGCUCCGAGACUUCUUCAGCCGUGGCCAGGCAUCGGGCCUGGGGGCCUUUGCAGGCUGGCUCUACUGGGCAGACGAGAAGGGGCUGUGGAGGUCCCCCCAGGACCAACCCAAACGGAAGAGCUUCCUGCAAAGGGCGCCUCUGGCCACCCUGCUGAUCUACCACCAUCUGCAGCAGCCCAGUGGCCGCUCUGUGUGUGGGAGAACACCUUGCCAGCUGUGUCUUCCCUCCCAGGCCAACCCCACUGGCUUCACCUGCAUGUGUUCUGAUGAGAAACUCCUGCUGCCAGAAGGAACCUGUGAUUAUCCUAGGUUUGUCUAUGGCACAUCCAGCCGCGUCUACGUCCUCGAGUUUAGAGGCACAGAGACGGUGAAAACGUUGAUGUUCUCGACAGACCAGGACCUCCAGUCCUUUGACAUAGACUGGUAUCGGGGCUGGCUGUACUGGGCCAACAGUACCGGACACGUCAAACGUUUCAGCCUCACUGUGGACCAGACUGAAGAAGUCCCAACAUUACAACCAGCUUGUACAGUCAGGGUGGACCAGACAACUGGGAACGUCUUUUGGUUGUCAUGCGACCAGCUCUGCAUAGGGUUCACCCCCGUCUUCCUGAGCAAACCUCGGGAACUGUACCAAGCAGAAAGUGAUGUCAGGGACAUGUUUGUGGAUUGGCUGAGGGGUGUGUUGUACUGGUUAGAGAAGGGCCAUGUCAGUACCAUGAAUCUCACUGGAGGAGCCACCACAGAAGUGAUGAAGAUGGGAGAUGGAGUCAUUGGCAGCAUGGCCCUGGACUUGAGGGCCAAUAGUUUCCUGUGGAACUCUCAGGGGGAAGGCUUGACCUCUUUGAGCCUGGUCCAAGGGAAAGCUCACCUGGCAGGGAGCAGGUGGAACCCUUUAGGUUCCAUCAUGGCAGCCCUGGAACCCUUCAUGGUGUCCUAUUCUAAAGACAACAUCACUCUGUGGAACCGGAAAGACGCCCGAAGAGUGUUGGAUGUUUCCGUCGGCAGUGGGGUCAUUGGGGUGGUCGCUUCAAUGAAGAAGAUACAGAAAGGUCGACCUCCUCCUCCUCCGACCACUCCUCCCUGCAGGAGUCCUUCAGUGAUGUGUCCUGGUUCUUCACUCUGCAUCUCCCAGACUCAGCUGUGUGACCGACAGAGGGACUGUCCUGAUGGAUACGAUGAGGACAACUGUGUCAAAUCUUGUUCCAAGAAAUCCGACUUCCGCUGUAAGGACCGCAGGAAUUGUGUGGCCAGGAUCCUGGUGUGUGAUGGACGCUCUCAUUGCCAUGAUGGUUCAGACGAGGUGGGAUGCCCCACCAUCGCCGCCCCGACCUCCAAGGCAGCAGCCCAGCGGUGCCGACUAGGCGCCAAGCAGUGCCUGGAUGGGAGGGGCUGCGUUCUGCACAGCCAUGUGUGUGAUGGGGAGAGAGACUGUCAGGACGGCUCAGAUGAGCAGGGCUGUGAGUCCAUCAACACAUCUCCAAAUGUUCCUAUGAUCUACAUGACGACAACUACUCCAUAUACACAGACACCAUCUCCAUCGACUCCGCCUCCACCCCCCCAGUCCAGCUAUUCUCCUCCUCCUCCGACCACUCCUCCCUGCAGGAGUCCUUCAGUGAUGUGUCCUGGUUCUUCACUCUGUAUCUCCCAGACUCAGCUGUGUGACCGACAGAGGGACUGUCCUGAUGGAUACGAUGAGGAGAACUGUGUGGAUGCUUGUAAAGACCCAGGUGACUUCCUGUGCAAGGACAGGAGGAAGUGUGUGUCAAGGUUGGAAGUGUGCGACGGGCGUGCCCACUGCGCAGACGGCUCGGACGAGCGCGAGUGCCCGUCCUUGCCGCCAUGCGUGCUGCGCUGUGACCGGGAAGAAGUCUGCCUCAGCCAGAAACAAAUCUGCGACGGCAAGACGGACUGCAGGGACGGUGCAGACGAGAGAAGCUGCUCCUCCAACAGUGCAGCCAACCCCAGGGCAGUGGCUCCGGUCCCGGUUAAGUGCAGACUGGGUUCGCUCCUCUGCAGUGACCAGAGGCAGUGUGUGCUCUACGGUCAUGUGUGUGACGGAGAAGCAGACUGCCGGGAUGGCUCAGACGAGCUGGGAUGUGCCAUCCAUUGCAAAACGGGUGAGUUCCAGUGUUCCCACGGCAACAGGUGCCUCCCCCAGCAGCAGGUGUGUGAUGGUACUCCCCAGUGCCGCGACCGGUCUGAUGAGCAGGACUGCUGGAAGCCCUCCAAGGGCUGCAGCCAUCGUUGUGACAACCGGACCCGAUGCAUCCCUGACAGUUUCCUGUGUGACGGAGAGAGGGACUGUCUGGACGGGUCGGAUGAGGGAAUCUGUGCAACCAAUCAGUGUGGCGCCUCAGAGUUCCGUUGCAGCAGUGGCCAGUGCGUGUCCGGUGCGCUGCGCUGCGACAGCCACGCGGACUGCAGGGACCACUCUGACGAGGCGGGCUGCGCCAAGCCUCCACGCUGCCCCCCUGAGCUGCGCUGCCCACGCAGCCACGAGUGCCUGUUGAAGGACUGGCUCUGUGACGGAGAGGAGGACUGCCUCGAUGGCUCCGACGAGAAGAACUGCAAGGCCGCUCCUCUGAAGUGUGGGCAGUACCAGUGGGCGUGUGCCUCGAGGCAGCAGUGUGUACCCGCCAGCUGGAGGUGUGACGGAGGGAUGGACUGUCAUGACGGCAGCGACGAGAAAGGAUGCGGACGGCCCAAGUGUGCGUCCCAGCUUUUCCAGUGCAGUAGUGAGGAGUGUGUGGACCCCAGCCUGGUGUGUAACCAGAUCACCAACUGUCCAGAUGGGUCUGACGAGGGCCCGGGCUGCGUUCUCCAGAACUGCACCAGCCCCGCAGCCCCUCCCUGUGAACACAGCUGCAUCAGCACCCCCCAUGGACCGAGAUGUGGCUGCGCGUCAGGCUUCCAACUGCGGCCCAGCGGCGUGUUCUGUGAAGACGCGGAUGAGUGUAGCCUCCAGCAGGGGGCGCUCUGCAGCCACACCUGCCUCAACACCCGCGGCUCCUACCUCUGCCAGUGUCACCCUGGAUACCUGCUGGAGCUCGACGGACACACCUGCAAGAGCCCAGUGGAGCCGGUGUUGCUGGCAUGCGUCACGUCUGAGCUGCUGCUGCUGGGUGUGCGGAGCGCCAGCCUCAGGGUGCUCACCUCCUCCAGCAGACCCGUCUUCUCCCUGGACUACCACUGGGGGCGCCAGAGGGCCUACUGGCUCAGCCUGGAGCAGGAGAGCAUCCUCUGGGCCUCCCUGGACCCCCACAGCCCUGCUCGGGGGACCUUGCUUAAAGGUGUGAAGUCUGACUGCCUGGUGGUGGACUGGGUUGGGGAGAACCUGUACUGGCUGGACGGGGAGGAGGGCCAGGUUCUGGCAGCCCACCUGGGCCGGGAUCUGCUGAGGCCUCAGGACUGCAUCGUGGUUCUGGACGAGGACCUGGAUCAGCCACGCUCACUGGUCCUGCUGCCGCAGAAGGGGAUGAUGUUCUGGUCGGAAAUUGGCAGCGAGCCCCAGAUUGAGCGGUCAGGGAUGGACGGUUCGGAGCGCGUGGUUGUGGUCAGUCGUGGGCUGAGCUGGCCGGUCAGUUUGGCCGUGGACCAUCUGGCCCACAGGAUCUACUGGACCGAUGAGAAGCUGCGCUGCCUGGGCUCAGCCGGCCUGGACGGAGAGGACCUCAAGCUGCUCCAGCUCUCGGAGACCUCCAGCCCCUUCGCAGUGUCCGUGUUCAACGACCGCGUCUACUGGUCUGACACCAAGAGAAGGACCAUCCAGACGGCCCACAAGAGAACCGGAAAGAACCGCAGAGUUCUUCUCAAGAGACCCGGCCAGCCGUUCGGACUCAAGGUGGUCCACCCCCAGGCCCAGGUCAACGUGUCCAGCCCCUGUGGCAGGGUGAAGUGCUCCCACCUGUGUCUGCUGGCCCCAGGGGGAGCUCCAGGCUCGGGGCCCAGGGCCGUGUGUCGCUGCCCAGCAGGACUGCUCCUCUCUGAGGAUGGUGUCACCUGUGCCCCCCCUGUAGACUCCACCUUCCUGCUGCUGCUCUCCCCCACCACCAUCACCCAGAUCUUCCUGCGCAGCAUGCGUGGCGGGUUGGGGCUGAAGCAGUGGCCAGACCACCGCGUCCUGCCCAUGCCGGGCGUGAACGAGGCGUCCACCCUGGACGUGUCGCUCCGGGAACGCGGCGUCUACCUGGCCGACUCCGCCCAGGGCUCCGUGGUCCUCAUGGCCCUGAGCAAGGCGGGCCUGGCCCCGGCGCCGGGCGGCCCCGUGCUGGCCCUGCAGGACGAGUACGUGACGGCGCUGGCUCUGGACUGGGUCACCCUCAACCUCUACUGGAGCAGCAGCAGGCAGCCGCACGUCCACGUCACGGCCACCCGGGGCCGCUACACCAGGACUCUGGUGCAGGUGUCGCUGGAGGAGACCAGCGCCAUCGCCCUGCAUCCCGCCACUGGCCGACUUUGCUUCACCUCUCUGGGCAGAGGGGAUGGCAAGGUGGGGGAGGCGGCCGGCGGUAUGGCUCAGCUGCAGUGCGCCAACAUGGAUGGUGGAUACGAGGCCAUGCUCUGGAGGAAGUCUGUGACACCGACGUCGCUGGUGUUCUCUAACAAGGGCACCCAUCUGUACUGGGCAGACCUUGGGGCUGGGGUUAUCGGCUCAGUUGCAGUGGAUGGAUCAGACUACAGGCAGUACAAGACUGGUCCUGGCAUUCUGAUGUCCUUCACACGCACUGAAAACAUGCUGCUCUGGCUUACCAUGGACAACGAUAUAACCAGGCUGUGGUUCAGUGAUGGCGGCCAGCCUAAGAAGCUGUGGUUUGAGGUCCAGACCAACGUGGUGUCCCUCCGGGCCUACAGCAAGACCAGCCAGAGGGGAACCAAUAGCUGCUCCGAGAAGAACGGAAACUGCAGCCAGCUGUGCCUAGCCAACCCAUGGGGGAGAAGAUGCAAGUGUGGCCAUGGUUACCACCCUGUGAAUGACACUGCUUGUAGCCCCACCCCCGAGUGCCCGCAAGGCUUUAGAGCAUGCUGGGACAGCAGUAACUGCUUUCCUGAUGCCAGAUUCUGCGACGGUGUUUUUGACUGCCCGGACCUAUCGGAUGAGCAGGAAUGUUCCUAUGGUAACGCGGCAGCCAAACCUAAAGAUGGUAACCCUGCCUCCGCGUCGCCCCCGCUCGAGGAUGGGGCGGCACAGGUGAGGAAGAACAGCCUGUCAUGUGACCAGCAGCGCUGCGGCGGCCACGGGACGUGUGUGACGGCGGACGGAGUCGAGAAUUGCCAGUGCAUGCUGGGAUAUAAGGGCGCCUUCUGCCAGGAGGGUGAGGGGUCUGGGGGGAGCAAGGCCCCCUUGGUCCUGGGGCUGCUAACCCUGCUGGCUGUACUGGUCAUCGCUGGCCUGGUCUUCAGGAGGAGGCGAGCCAUGGCAGCAGACAGGGGUGGAGGUGCGGAGAAGGAAACCCUGAUGACCAACAUGGAGGGGCGUGCGGUGUACUUUGAGUCCUUCACUAACGACCUCUACGACCCCUCAGACUCCGACCCUGACGACAAGGUGCUGGUGUCUUCUGCUGAUGGCGUGUCUCACCAGGAAGAACCUCUACCUGCUUCGUAACGCCUCCCUGUGCUCAGUUCGCCUGUUAAAUAAAGCAUCAACCUGA